AUGAAGGCCGCCACCGCCGCCAUGCUAAUUCUGCAACUAUUACUACUCUUCUGUUUGCCAGCGCCGGCAAUGGCCGACGGCGGAUGCACGCCGGAUGCCGGCGCCGGGGAGCAGGCGGUGCUGCCGCUGAAGGUCGCCGCCAUCGGGUUGAUCCUCGCUGCCGGCGCGCUCGGGGUGCUCCUCCCCAUGCUGGGCGGUUGGUUCCCGUCCCUCCGGUCGGAGAGGGACCUCUUCUUCGUCGUAAAGGCCUUCGCCGCCGGCGUGAUCCUCGCGACGGGGCUGGUACAUGUUCUCCCCGACGCCUUCGAGAACCUCACGUCCCCGUGCCUCGGCGAGGGCGGCCCGUGGCAGGAGUUUCCCUUCGCGGGCUUCGUGGCGAUGGUGUCCGCCCUCUCGACGCUGGUGAUCGAGACCUGCGCCACGAGCUUCUUCCUCGGGAGAGGGACAUUCCGCAGGGGCAGCCCCGUGGACGUGGGCCCUGCGGACGAGGAGGUCGCCCCCGGGGGCCACCUCCACACGCACGCCUCCCACGGCCACGCCCACGGUCCUGUUCUCUCCCCGCCGCCGCUGCCAAAGGAAGACACCUCCGAUCAAAUCCGUCACAGGGUCAUCUCGCAGGUGAUCUCUCUCUCCCCCUCCCGCCCUCCCUCUCUCUGUCUCUCAAGCCAACAGGUGCAGAGGGCUUGAUUGGACUGUCUCCCGUCCAUCAAGAGUGCAUUAUUCCUUUCUGUGUGGUGUGUGUCCCAGAAGGGGGCCUAACUUCUGGUAUUCCGGAUCUUGAAUGUUGUAGCUGAAAGGGGCGGAUUGCUCUCUACAGCACUCCAGUUCGACGGGAGGGGGAUGAUCUGAUAGUCCAUUCCAUCGUUUCUGACUAAUAUUAAUAAUUUCCGCCGGCAUGGUUUCCUCAUAAUUCCUGUUUUUAUGCAGUUUCCUAUUUACAGAUUAUUUAUUGAGCAAGAACAGCGAGAAAUUGGCAAAUACUUCCGUUUAAAGUGCUAAAGAUUGGCUUUUUUUGUUCGCUUUCCCUUUCAGGUUCUAGAGCUGGGGAUCGUGGUUCACUCAGUGAUCAUAGGGAUCUCUCUGGGUGCCUCCACUCAGCCCUCCACAAUCAGGCCUCUCCUCGGGGCCCUCAGCUUCCAUCAGUUCUUCGAGGGGUUGGGACUAGGCGGCUGCAUAGCUCAGGUAGGUUGCCUUUCUCCGUUCUGAGAAUUUAUCAUUUUUCUAAUAUCCCCGCCCAUAAGGGUAAAAUUAUCAAGCGGACUCAUCUAUUAUCUAUUAUCAGAACGGCGCAGGACGUGGUUUAUUUGCCAGAUAUGUAAUCGCCUACCUGCAAGGCUACCGUUGACUUCGUUGCGUGUCCCACCGACAGGCCAAGUUCAAGGGGAGAGCGGCGUUCCUCAUGGCGCUGUUCUUCACGCUGACGACCCCCGUGGGUGUGGCGCUGGGAAUCGGGGUGGCGGCGAAGUACGACGAGAAUGGCGGCGGCGCGCUCAUCGUCGAGGGACUCCUUAACGCGGCGUCGGCGGGGAUCCUCAUCUACAUGGCGCUGGUUGACCUCCUAGCCGCCGACUUCAUGAGCCCCAAGCUGAGGUCCCACGGCCGCCUCCAGUUGGCCGCGUACCUGGCCCUCUUCCUCGGAGCCGGCCUCAUGUCCCUCCUCGCCAAGUGGGCUUGA